AUGAAUGUGGUCAUUGGUGAUUUCAACAGCCACAGCACUACCUGGGGAUAUAGAGAAAUGAACGAAGAUGGUGAACUAGUUGAGACAUGGGCAGAUGCUAACCAGCUGUCCCUCAUUCAUGACGCUAAGCUCCCUGCCUCUUUCAACAGUCCAAGGUGGAGACGUGGCCACAACCCUGACCGGAUAUUUACAUCUACCAGGAUUGCUAUCCAGUGCGAGAAAGUCGUUCUCGACCCUAUCCCUCACUCUCAGCACCGACCGAUAGCGCUUAAUGCAGUCAUUACUCCACGAGGAGUACCCUUCCGACGUCGUUUAAACCUGAGGAAGGCAAACUGGGAAAAGUUCGCUAAGGACUUUUACUCCUACAUCAAGGACCUACCUGCCACUUCAAAACUACGACACCUUUGUAGAGUUGAUGAAGAAAUUCUCAAUGCGUAA